AUGUCUGUCCGUUCUAUCCUGUCAGCCUGUGCCAUCCUUCUGGGCUUUGCCAACAUAGCGAGUGCUGUUAUGGGUAAUGUUGAAUCUAUCAACGGUCCCAGUGUCGUCAUCGUUGGAAGUAAUUUACCUACUGUGGUCAACUUCACCCAGAUUCGAUUUACGGAGCAGAAUGACUAUGGGAUUAUCUGGGGUCUGGUAUCCCCUGACGAAGGAUGCACCCAAUGCGUGGGACGGCGACUCACGUUUACCGACCUAUUCGCCAUACAAGGAGACUUUGUAGCUUCACGCAUCUUCGACUUGCCGAUUCCCUCUGAUACCCCGAGAGGAAACUACACCCUCACAGCCGCGGUUCUAGAUGAUGAAUUCCCCGAGGGGUUAGUCGACAUGCGCUAUUACACUCACCCUUUGAUUGUGGACGGUCCAAUUACGAGCGCCACUUCCACCGUGGCUUCGACGCCCACACCCCCCAGCACCAAUUAG